UGCUGUGUUGCUCGCGCCAUUCCUACAAGCGUGUGUUUCCAUCUCCCAUUACACUACCAUUGGCAGAGCUUUAGCAGCCACAACAACACCACCGAUUCUGUUUUCUGCAGUCAUUCUUUAAGAUAUCCAUCGAUGGAUAUGGACAGUGCCAGUUCAGUGGUGCUGCAGGCCUUAACCCAAGCUACCAGUCAGGACACGUCUGAGCUGAAGCCUGCGGAGGAGCAGCUCCGACAGUGGGAGACGCAGCCAGGCUUCUACUCCGUCCUCCUGAAUAUCUUCAACAACCACAUGCUGAAUGUGAACGUCAGGUGGCUCGCUGUGCUGUACUUCAAAAAUGGCAUCGACAGAUAUUGGAGGAGAGUAGCGCCUCAUGCAUUAUCAGAAGAGGAGAAGACGUCAUUGCGUGCUGGCCUCAUCACAAACUUCAAUGAGCCUGUCAAUCAGAUAGCGACUCAGAUUGCGGUGCUGAUAGCCAAGGUGGCCCGUCUGGACUGCCCCAGGCAAUGGCCAGAGCUCAUCCCUAUUCUGCUGGAGUCUAUAAAGGGUCAGGACGGCCUGCAGCAGCACAGAGCGCUGCUAACCUUCUAUCAUGUCACCAAAACCCUCGCGUCCAAACGUCUGGCACAGGACCGGCGGCUUUUCCAGGAUGUAAGUCUAUUCUCAACACCUUCUCGACCUAAUACCUGAAUCAAAUUUCUUGCC